GCAUCUUGCAACGACGGUGCAAGAUGGACCUUCUUUCUAAAAAAUUGUAUUGUAAUGUGUUUUAUCUGAUCAAAACAGGGAGGAGCAUGCUGUGCAGUUUAGGAAUAGCUACUUAAUUAGCCUUCACCUUAUGACUUUGUAACAGCUUAGAGAAAGAUUAAUUUGCUUUAAUUGAGAGAAAAUAAAGCAGCAAUUACUUAAUGUAUGUGUGCUGAAGAGGGGUUGUCAAAAAAGGAAAUGUCAUACUUCCUGUAUCCAUAGCAACCUGACUGUGAGUGUGUGCAUGCGGGUGUGUUAAUGUUUUUCACCAAAAAAAGGCAUCCGGAAGAAAGGACGUAUUGUUAUAUAUAGAUUAUAUAAUGUUAUGGUUUGGACACAUCCCCUUCCGCAUCUCAGGGUGAAGACUUACGCUUUUACUUUUUGUUAUUAUUUUGCUUAUGAGUUAUUGUUUAAAAUAAAGCGAAACCAUGUACAAUGGUGAUGCGUUUAAAUCUUUUAAACAAUUCUCUGAGUAAUUUAUUAUGAGUAAAGUUAUUAUUUUAGUUUGUUCCUGAUCCUGUAUUACGAAGCUCUGCAGAGGCAAAGACUCAACUGAGCUGAUCUGGUUCUGGUGGGAGGAAAUUCAGAACUCUAUUGCCACAGAGAAGACAUCAAAGAUGGAGUCUCUCACCCAGCGCAGCGCAAAAAGGAUGAUAACAGCCCUCGCUCGACCCGACACCGGCCUGCCCAAUCUAUGAGCUACAUCCACCGCUUCACUCAUCUUUGUCACGAGUUCAGCAGUGAGUCUGUGAAGGACGAUGGCAUCUGGUGAGGAACAGCUGAAACACAACCAAGUCCAGAAGAGCAGUGUUCACACUGGAGUCAGUGCUCAGACAGGAGGAACUGUAAAUGCUCCUGUACUCACUGGAAACAUCUUUACAGGCUCAGUGACCGUCAUCGGCAGCACUGCAGGACACGAGCCACAAAAAGUCCCAGAGACGGCAGAAAAAGACACCGAAAAACAAGCAGAUUUGAUUCUGAAAAACUUCUUGCAAACUCACAAAUCCAACCUAAAGAAGAAAGCAGAACGUAUUUUUGAGGGCAAAGAAGAAGCAGAUCUCCAGGUUGUUUACACAGAGCUCUUCAUCACAGAGGGAGAUAUGAAAGAGGUUCAUCAGGAACAUGAGAUUCUGAAGAUUGAUGAUGCUUUCAACAAGAACAAACAAACACAGGACAAACCAAUUCAAUGCAAUGAUAUAUUUACAUUAUUAAGAGACAAGGAGAAGAUUGUGCUGACCAAGGGAGUCGCUGGCAUUGGAAAAACUGUCUCUGUGCACAAGUUCAUCCUGGAUUGGGCAGAAGGAGCAGCCAAUCAGGAUAUACACUGUGUGUUCCUGCUUCCAUUCAGAGAGAUUAACUUAAUGACCAAUAAAGAUUUCAGUCUCCACGAGCUUCUGCUGGAAUUCUAUCCUGAACUGGAGGGCCUGGAGAAAACCAACUUAUAUGAGAAAUGCAAACUAGUGUUUAUAUUUGAUGGACUGGAUGAGAGUCGUCUGGCUUUGAAUUUUAAAAGUAGAACAUCACCAAGAGCCAUUGUUAAGAAAAGAUCAUCAGUAGAUAUGCUGUUUACAGGUCUGGUCAAAGGGAAUCUGCUUCCAUCAGCUCUGGUCUGGGUGACAUCACGACCAGCAGCAGCCAAUCAGAUUCCUCCUCAGUAUGUGGGUUUGUUCACAGAGGUGCGAGGAUUCACUGACAGACAGAAGGAAGAGUACUUCAGAAAGACAAUCACAAAUAAGAGUCUGGCUGAAAGAAUCAUCUCACACAUUAAGACAUCUCGUAGUCUCUACAUCAUGUGCCACAUCCCUGUGUUCUGCUGGAUCACAGCCACAGUACUUCAGGAUAUUCUCAUCAAGAACAGUACAGAGAACAUCAGCACAACACUCACUGAAAUGUACAUCCACUUCCUGCUGAUACAGAUGAACACCAAGAGCCAGAAAUAUGAUGAACAAGAAGAAAGAGAAUCUACAAAGAACUUAGGUUCAAAUAGAGAAGUGAUUAGAAAAUUAGCCAAACUAGCGUUUGAACAGCUGAAGGAGGAAAACAUUGUGUUUUAUGAGAAAGAUCUGACAGCAUGUGGUAUUAUUGUGAGUAAAGACACUGAGUUCACAGGAAUGAUCGCUGAGAUCUUUAGGAAGGAAAAUGGACUUCAUGAGAAGAAAGUCUUCUCCUUUGUGCAUCUGAGUGUUCAAGAGUUCCUCGCUGCAGUGCAUGUGUUCAUCUGUUACCUGGAGAAGAACAUGCAGGAGCUCCAGUUUUUCUUUGAUAAGCCCAAGAAAAAUAUCACACUGCAGAAGCUUCGGUUUUUCUUUCAUAAGCCCAAGGAAAAUACCACACUGCAGAAGCUAAUGCAGAAGGCUGUUAAUAAAGCCAUGGAGAGUCAGAGAGGACAUCUGGACCUGUUCCUGCGGUUUCUGAUGGGUAUUACACUGGAAUCCAGUCAAGACCUGCUCCAAGGUCUGAUCACACACACUGAAGACACCACAGAGAGCAUCACACAAACAACUCAAUACAUUAAACAAGUGCAAGAUGAGGGUAUCUCAGAUGAAGCUUCAGUCAACCUGUUCUACUGCUUACUUGAGCUCAAAGAUCAUUCAUUGUAUGAUGAAAUCCAGAAAUACCUCAGUUCAGAUGCACAUCCAGGAAGAGACCUCUCAUCUUCAAUGUGUUCAGUGCUGAUCUACAUACUGCUGAUGUCAGAGAAGGAGCUGGAGGAGUUCAAACCAAAGAGGUUCACAUCACAAGAAAACUACAAGAGACUCAUUCCAGCUAUGAGAUGCUGCAGAAAAGCCUUAUUUAACAGCUGUGGUCUUGAUGAAACAUGCUGUGAAAGUAUAUCUUUAGCUCUCCAAUCUUCAGACUCACAUCUGAGAGAGCUGGACCUGAGUAUCAAUGUCUUGCAGGAUUCAGGAGUGAAGCUGCUGUAUGAUGGACUGAAGAGUUCACACUGUCAGCUGAACAUACUGAGACUUUCCUUAUGUAAUCUCACUGCUGAGUCCUGUGAGAGUUUGUCAUCAGUUUUACAAUCCUCAUCCUCCUGUCUGAGAGAGCUGGACCUGAGUAACAAUGACCUGCAGGAUUCAGGAGUGAAGCUGCUUUCUGAUGGACUGAAGACAAACUGUCAGCUGCAGAUACUGAGACUUUCCUUAUGUAAUCUCACUGCUGAGUCCUGUGAGAGUUUGUCAUCAGUUUUACAAUCCUCAUCCUCCUGUCUGAGAGAGCUGGACCUGAGUAACAAUGACCUGCAGGAUACAGGUGUGAAGCUGCUUUCUGAUGGACUGAAGACAAACUGUCAGCUGCAGAUACUGAGACUUUCCUUAUGUAAUCUCACUGCUGAGUCCUGUGAGAGUUUGUCAUCAGUUUUACAAUCCUCAUCCUCCUGUCUGAGAGAGCUGGACCUGAGUAACAAUGACCUGCAGGAUACAGGUGUGAAGCUGCUUUCUGAUGGACUGAAGACAAACUGUCAGCUGCAGAUACUGAGACUUUCCUUAUGUAAUCUCACUGCUGAGUCCUGUGAGAGUUUGUCAUCAGUUUUACAAUCCUCAUCCUCCCGUAUGAGAGAGCUGGACCUGAGUAACAAUGACCUGCAGGAUUCAGGAGUGAAGCUGCUUUCUGAUGGACUGAAGACAAACUGUCAGCUGCAGAUACUGAGGUAAAUAGUUUUUACAUAAAAUUAUUAACAACAUGCUGCCACAUUUAGUCUGAGUGACGCAUGACACUGUAUUCAUUAACACACAAGAAAUUCACAUCUCAGAGUAACUCAGUUUGCAGUAAAUCCAAACUGACUGGAAUUGUAUGUUAUUUUGUAAAUGGAUUUCAAAUAAUGAAAUAAAACAAUAACAUUAUAAUAUGACACUAUAACAUCCUUAAAAAUAAUUAGAAAAUCUAUUUAAAAUACAUUUUUAGAAAGUUAAUUUCAAAACGUGAGAUAGUCGUAGGCUGCAGCCUAACGCAUCAAAAAAGUAGUAAUUUACACAAAGGCUCUUACUGCAUAUUAUGGUUAUUAAACAGUCAUUAUGAAAACCAUUAAAACUAAAUAAUUUCCUUGUGUUCUAUUAAGGGGCUUUCAUUUCGAUCUACAGGCUAAUGAAAGUUAAUGAAAGGCUGCAGUUCGAAGCGAAUGUAUAAGUUCCAUUCUAAGUGGACUGAAGUGUGCGAGACGUGAAUUUAAGUUGUAUUUAUUUACAGAGUUAUAUGAUGACACACUUGUCCAUGUGGUAAGAUUUUUUGCAGGCUUCUGCUGGCUUCACUAACACCUGGAUAUGGAUAUGCUGGUCCACUAGCUAGACCAGCACUAAACCAGCAUAAACCAGCCUGGACCAGCUCGGAAUCCAAGCUGGAUUAUUCAGAAUUUUUCAGAUGGGGCAUGACACAAGUGUAUGUUCCAUCGAUGUUCUGGGCUAUGGAUUAUAUAAUCUUUAUCACAUAUGAACCUGCAAAUUACCGUAUUUUUCGGACUAUAAGUCGCACCUGAGUAUAAGUCGCAUCAGUCCAAAAAUACAUCAUGAUG